AUGGACGGGGUACAAGGGAAAGGAGGACGGUGGGAGGCGGCCUGGUGUCGGAUAAGAGAGGGGGAGGAGUGGGUAGGAACGACGGCGUCAGAGGGGUCGAGGAUCGAGUGCGUGAUGCCAGCACAUGGGAGAGGGAACGCAUCGCUGGAGGUCAGCCUCAACGGGCAGGACUGGUCCACGGGAGGGCGGGUCGAGUACAGAGAGCCGCGGUGCGAGGUGGUAAGGGUAGAGCCGUCGCUGGGGCCAGAGAGGGGCGGUACGGUAGUGGAGGUCAGGGUGAGAGGUUGGGCGACAGCAGGAGGGUCAGGGGGAGGGUCAGCGGUCUGCAUGUACGACGGGGAGGCAGGGGUGGAGGGGACGGUUGACGGAGGGGGAGUAGUACGAUGCAUGACGCCCGGGGCAAGACGGGGAGGGGGAAGCGAGCCAGGGCGGGAGGUCGAGGUGAGCGUCGAGGCAGUAGGCACAGAGGGCCGGUGCAGCGGAGGAAGGUACAUGUACUACGGGGGGGUAGAGGUAACGGGGGUGAGGCCUUCGAUCGUUACAGCGGGGACGGGGACGGCGCUGACGUUUUCGACUAAGACAUCGAAUGCUGUCUGA